CUUCGUACUGACCCCUCUACAGAACUUCAAGACUUGCCCCGGGAAGUCUUUGCUGUUGAUCCGACCAGUAUAUGUCAAACUCCAAACACAGAGGUUCUCUACAGGUGCAGGAAAUGCAGGCGCGCUCUGUUCCGUAGUUCCAGCAUUUUGUCCCACACGGAAGGAAUUGGACCGACAGCCUUUGCCCACAAGAGGAUAACAGACUCCGCUCAGCUUUGCGGUGAUGGCCGUGAAAAGUGUACCUCUUACUUCACUGAGCCCGUGCAGUGGAUGGAGCCAGCGUUGCUCGGAGUAAUGGAGGGACAGCUUCUGUGUCCCAAAUGCACGUCGAAGCUGGGCUCCUUCAGCUGGCGGGGCGAGCAGUGUUCCUGUGGCCGCUGGGUGACGCCUGCUUUCCAGAUCCACAAAAGUCGUGUGGAUGAAGUGAGGUCGCUGCCAGUUGGUAACCUUCAAGCUGCCAAAACCUGA